AAAACAUUUGCAUAUGAAGUAGCUAUCAUCCAAAUCAUACAUGCUCGUAUAUUUCGAAAAGGGUAGGUGUGCGUCCCAUGUUCGUAUUUACGAUCAGGCGUCGAAGGCGGCCUUCCCGUGGGUCCUUGCAUCGUCGCCGGUGACAUUUGACGUCGCACUUUUCAAUAACACAACAACAACGAUGAGGAGGUGAAAGGACGCCGACUCCAAGAAGAUUUCUUUUAUUCCUCCCGCUCGCUCGGAGGUCGGACGAUGUCUCAACUUUUUCGGCUUGUGUCGGCGACGGCCGCCGCUCGGCUUCUGCUCUGCCGGGCUGCGCCGGGCGCGACUCGGCUGGACGCCGCCGCGGCAGGACGUCGCCUCGUUGCCGGCUACCCGCCCUUCGACGUGCCGCCGAGGACGCGUCGGACUCGGGCCGACAUCCUGUCCACGCGCGUCUUUCAGCUUGCUCGGCGUCGUCUUUAUUCCAGUGAGCCCAAAGAUGGGAAAGGAGAAAGCGGAGGAGGACGAGGAGGACGGGCAGGAGGCGGGAAGAGAGGAGGAGGAGGAGGAGGGGAAAAAGACUGGUGGAGUCGAAUGCAGAAGGGCGACCUCCCGUGGGACGAGAAGGACUUCCGCUACCUGGCCGUGGGGGCCGCCGGCGCCGCCUCGGCGCUGCUCUACGUGUACUUCCGCGACGACGGCCGCGAGAUCAGCUGGAAGGACUUUGUGCGGCGCUACCUGGGCCGCGGCCUGGUGGAGCGUCUGGAGGUGGUCAACAAGCAGUACGUGCGGGUCAUCCUGGCGCCCGGCGGAGACGCCGAAGAGGUCGCGCCUUCCCGUGUGCGCCCGCAGAGCUACGUGUGGUUCAACAUCGGCAGCGUGGACGCGUUCGAGAGGAACCUGGAGACGGCCCACUCGGAGCUCGGCACGGAGGCGUCGCGCCGGCCCGCCGUGGUCUACAGCUCCGAGAGCGACGGGUCUUUCCUGAUGAGCAUGAUUCCCACGCUGCUCCUCAUCGGCUUCCUGCUCUUCACCCUGCGCCGCGGAGCCAUGGGGGCGGGUCCCGGCGGCGGCAGGGGCGGACCCUUCGGCGUGAGCGCGUCCACCGCCAAGAUGAUGAAGGACAACAUCGAGGUGAAGUUCAAGGACGUGGCGGGCUGCGAGGAGGCCAAGCUGGAGAUCCUGGAGUUUGUCAACUUCCUGAAGAACCCGCAGCAGUACCAGGACCUCGGAGCCAAGAUCCCCAAGGGGGCCGUGCUGUCCGGACCUCCCGGCACCGGGAAGACUCUUUUGGCCAAAGCCACGGCCGGCGAGGCCGACGUUCCCUUCAUCGCCGUCAACGGCUCGGAAUUCCUGGAGAUGUUUGUGGGCGUCGGUCCGGCCAGGGUCCGGGACAUGUUCGCCAUGGCGAGGAAGAACGCCCCGUGCAUCCUCUUCAUCGACGAGAUCGACGCCGUGGGCCGCAAGCGAGGGGGCGGGAACUUCGGCGGUCAGAGCGAGCAGGAGAACACGCUCAACCAGCUCCUGGUCGAGAUGGACGGCUUCAACACGGCCACCAACGUGGUGGUCCUGGCCGGAACCAACAGACCCGACAUCCUGGACCCAGCGCUCAUGAGGCCCGGCCGCUUCGACAGGCAGAUCUACAUCGGUCCUCCGGACAUCAAGGGGCGGGCGUCCAUCUUUAAAGUGCACCUGCGACCCAUCAAGUUGGACCCCAGCAUCGACAAGGACGCCCUCGCCCGGAAGAUGGCCGCCGCCACGCCCGGUUUCACCGGAGCCGACAUCGCCAACGUUUGCAACGAGGCGGCGCUGAUCGCGGCGAGACACCUGAGCCAGCACGUCCGGCACGCGCACUUGGAGCAGGCCGUCGACAGGGUCAUCGGAGGUCUGGAGAAGAAGACGCAGGUGCUUCAGCCCGACGAGAAGAAGACGGUGGCGUACCACGAGGCGGGCCACGCCGUCGUCGGCUGGUUCCUGGAGCACGCCGACCCGCUGCUCAAGGUGUCGAUCAUCCCCCGCGGGAAGGGCCUGGGCUACGCGCAGUACCUCCCCCGCGAGCAGUACCUGUACAGCCGCGAGCAGCUCUUCGACAGGAUGUGCAUGAUGCUGGGGGGGCGCGUGGCCGAACAAGUCUUCUUCGGCCGCGUCACCACCGGAGCGCAGGACGACCUCAAGAAGGUCACGCAGUCCGCCUACGCGCAGGUGGUGCAGUUCGGGAUGAGCGACAAGGUGGGCCGGGUGUCGUUCGAGCUGCCGCGGCCGGGCGACGUGCGUCUGGAGAAGCCGUACAGCGAAGCCACGGCCGAGCUGAUCGACGACGAGGUUCGAGCCCUGGUGGAGCGGGCCUACGACGCCGCCCUCCAGCUGCUCCGCGACAAGAAGGACCUGGUGGAGGCGGUGGCCAAACGUCUGCUGGAGAAGGAAGUCUUGGACAAGGCGGACAUGUUGGAGCUGCUGGGGUCGCGACCCUUCCGGGAGAAGUCCACCUACGAGGACUUCGUGGAGGGCACGGGAAGCUUCGAGGAGGACGUGGGCCUGCCCGAGGGUCUGCGGGACUGGGACGGCCGCGGCGGGCCCGACGACGCUCGCGACCGACAGCGGGCAGGCUAGACUCCGCCUCCGAACGUGAGCCCCACCCCGUCUCUGUCGUGAUCCUGGAGUGUCGGAUGAAAGGAAACGUUUUGUGUGGCCCUCAAAAAAAAAGGCUCAAUAACUGUGGACGUAUACAGUGGACCCCCCCCCCCCCCACACACACGUUUGCAUCUCGCCACUCGUGGCUUCGCCUUUCACACUCAGGUGGGUGUGGCUAAUAUGGAAAUUGAGCAUUUGGGCAAUACAGUCAUCAGUGUACUUAUGAAGGUUCAAAAAUUCCGGUUCGGAAAGGCCCCCUCGGAAAAAUAUUCUCAGCCAAAUUCCAGCAACGUAAACAUCCUGGAUCUUGUUUUGAAAGUGGCGCGAUAGAGCCGCUCUCUCAUUGGCUAUGGCCGGAGCAUCUUCCCGGCGUCCCGUCGGCUAGCGAGGACAUCGUUCUUUACCCAUGAUGCUUUGCCUUUCCCUUGGACGCUCGACUGUUCCGGAAUCAUGCUAACCCUACUUCAAGAAAGCGCACGUUUGUUUUUCUUCACUGCAAACCCCAAGAAACUUGAAGUCGUGCGCGCUCGCUCGCUCGCUCGUUUGUUUGUCUGUUUUGUCACGGCUGUCAAAUGUCCCCCCACGUCACCCAAGGCCAAAGGUAAAAGAACAUCAUUUGUUUAUUAUUUUUUACAUUAUGUACUUUGAAUGCUUUUUUUUUUUUUUGGGGGGGGGGGGGUGGUGGUGGUGGUGGCUUGCAACGGAUUACUUGAUUUAGCUAGAAAAUGCGCUUCUAGUUACGAACGAUCCACAUUACAAAACGACUUUUGGAAGGAAAUCAUUUCGGAAGUCGCCGUACCACUGUACUUGACAUUUUUUAAGAAAUCGCAUCAGGAUUAAAAAUUGCAGUUCGCGCUUGACGUGGGCAGGCAGGCAAGGACUCCCCUAAGCAUUUUUUUUUCUCAACAUGUAUUUAUGAUCAUUUUAUAAUCUCCCCCCCCCCCCUAAAUUCCACAAUCUUUGUUUUGUUUUGAUUUCAAACACCGUUUAUGUUAUGUCAUAACUUUUUGAAAGUUCAUUUCUUUUUACAAUGACAAAUCAAAGUCGACAUAAAAGCGGAAAAAAAUAUUUACAUUUUUUUCUUUAUUUAUUGAAAGUUGUCAUUUUGGAUUUUGAAUUCCCGAAUAAAACAUCCGUUGGUCUCAACGAAACAUUUUUACACUGAACAGAACAUUCAUUCUGCUUUCUUUAAUUUAAAAAAUUGUAAAGAAAAUACAUUUAUCUGUAGUAUGAUAACAUUUUAGCCCUGGAUUGAAUACAUUUUCGGGGGGGGGGGGAUUUUUUUAAUUGUAACCCUCCCUUCUUUUUCAUCCACAGAAAUUUCUGAUUGCUAUGAUUUGUUUUUUUUUUUUCCUGGAAAGGUUUUAUCAGCAUUUUUGGCCACAGUUUUUAUUUUUGCAGAAUUACAUGAAAACUUCACAGUUGAAAAUGAUUUUUUUUCAAAUUAAGAACAGUCUUAACAAAAAAAAUCUGAGCAAUUUUUGAAAACUUCCAACUUUGUGUAAAGUUGAAUGUGUUUACAUGAAAAAAAUACAACCAACUCCAUUUCAUUUCUGGGAUUUGCUAAAUUUUGCCUUUUUUAUAUAAAGCUGGUCAAGUACAAUUUGAACUUCCUGUGCAACUUGGUGCCUUUUCCCAUGAAAAUAAAAAUAUAUUUACAUCACUGAUCAUGACCUA